AGAAGAUGGGCGACCAAUCAAAACAGCCGAAUUGAAGCGUCGUCGAAAUUUGAAAAGGCUCUGUAGUUUAACACACGGGUUCGUGCGACAGAAAUUAAAUACAAUGGAUCCAUACAACGAGGAAAACAUCAAAAUGUAUUUUUUUGAGAAUAGGUUAAAAACUUAUGAGGGGUGGCCAUUCGAGGAAGACUGCAAGUGCACGCCGGAAAACAUGGCCAAAGCCGGCUUCAUCCACACACCUUCAGAGAACAGCCCAGACAUCGCCAUGUGUUUCUUUUGCCUCAAAGAGCUGGAGGGCUGGGAGCCAGAGGAUGACCCAGAAAAGGAGCACAAGUCUCAUUCGCCAUCCUGCCACUUCAUUGCCCUGAAGAAAAAAGUGGAAGAGCUGACUGUGGAGGAAUUCUACAGACUGCAGAAAGAGAGGCACAAGUUCAUCAAUAACAAAUCUUGUAACGAGGCCGUCACCAAGUUUGAAGAGGCAGCCAAACUGAGGCGAGCAGAUAUCAUCAAGACGGCCAUGGGAGAAGAGUGACACAGCGACAGAUUCAGAUGAAUGACAUGAGCUCUGUGUGUGUGUGUGUGUGUGAGAAAGAUGGAGAGAAUAAUUGUAGCUGUCAAAUGAUUGACUUGUUCCUCACCAAACUCAUUUUCAUGUUUCCCUUCUGUGACUUCAUGUCAUCUUUGUUUUCACGUACGUGUGUUUAUCUUUUAACACUUUGUUUUUAUGUAAUCUGAUAUCCAAUAAAUAUUUGAUUCUGUAACAUAA